GGCGACUUGCUACGUUCAAAACGUGGCCAUGUCGAAGUAAAUAUAAGCCACUGACGAGACCAACUAAAACAAGACGAGGAAGAAACGAAAGCAGCAGAGAGAGAAGCCUGGAAAACAGGCGAUCGCCGAGACGGGCAGAAAGAGUAGAGGGCAAAAUAUUAGUAUUACCAUAAAAAAGAUGCAAUCAAAUAUUACUGGUUCAGAAUCAGAGGCUAAUACUAGCCCCUUGCUAGUAGGAAGAACAGAGUCAAGGAGUGUUAAUAACGAAGGUGAAGCAGCAGCAGCAGCAGCAAGAGACAGGUGUUGGAACAAGAUCUUGGACGUGGGACAAAGCAAGAACCAGAUAUUGUUUUCUCUACCUAUGAUUCUGACUAAUGUUUCAUACUACUCGAUCCCUCUAGUCUCCGUCAUGUUCGCCGGCCAUCUUGGACAACUUGAACUCGCUGCCUCCACCCUCGCAAAUUCUUGGGCCGCCGUCACCGGCCUCGCCCUCAUGGUGGGCCUAAGUGGUGCACUUGAAACCUUGUGUGGGCAAGGCUAUGGCGCAAAGCUGUAUAGAUUGCUGGGAAUACACCUACAAGCAUCUUGCGCAAUAUCGCUAUCGUGUUCUUUUCUUGUAUCAAUACUCUGGUGGUUCUCCGACAUAAUCUUGAUAUUUUUACGUCAAGAUUCGGAAAUAUCAAAAGCAGCUGGUCUGUACUUGAAGUUUCUAAUACCAGGAUUAUUUGCAUACGGGAUUCUGCAAAAUAUUCUGAGGUUUCUUCAGACUCAAUCAGUUGUGGCACCAUUGGUUGUGUGCUCAGUCGUUCCAUUGGUUAUCCACAUCGGGAUUACCUUCAUUCUGGUUAAAUGGACACCCCUUGCUUUUGCUGGAGCACCAUUAGCCGCCUCAAUAUCAUUGUGGAUCUCCCUCCUCAUGUUGGGCGUAUACGUUCUUCGUGCAAAUAAAUUUAAGCAUACUUGGGAUGGAUUUUCAGCGGAGUCAUUUCAUUAUAUCCUUGUAGACUUGAAGCUGGCACUGCCCUGUGCUGCAAUGGUUUGUUUGGAGUACGGGGCUUUCGAGAUUCUUGUCCUACUAGCUGGACUCAUGCCAGAUCCAGAAAUCACUACUUCAGUGAUUGCAAUGUGUGUAAAUACAGAAGCCAUUGCCUACAUGAUUGCUUAUGGCCUCAGUGCAGCUGCAAGCACCAGGGUGUCAAAUGAAUUGGGUGCCGGAAAUCCAGAACGAGCCAAGCAUGCCAUGAUUGUGACUCUCAAGCUCACUGUUGUUUCUGGACUUAUCGUGGUUUCGGCAUUAUAUCUUGGUCGCAAUAUUUGGGCUGGCUUCUUCAGUAGUAGCUCAGUAAUAAUUAGCAAGUUUGCUUCCCUGACACCAUUGCUAUUGAUCUCCAUUCUAUUUGAUUUCAUCCAAGGAAUCUUAUCUGGUGUGGCCAGAGGCUGUGGUUGGCAGCAUUUGGCAGCGAUCGUUAGCUUGGGAACCUUUUAUUUCAUCGGCAUGACUAUUGCAGCCGUCCUCGGUUUCAAGCUCAAACUAUAUGCCAAGGGAUUAUGGAUGGGCUUGACAUGUGGCCUGUGCUGCCAAGCUAUUGGGCUACUUCUGCUUUCUUCAUUUACUAAAUGGACUCGAGUGGAACUCACCCCAAGCAAUGACAUACAAAAUUCAGCAUAGGCUUAAGCAUGACUGAAUAGACUGAGAUCCCUCAAGUGGAGAUCUCGAUAGGAGUUGACGGCACAGGCAACUCGUAAGUCUGAGACAUGGCUAUGUGCAAUUCUGGACUCUGGAUGUUGGGCCAAAAGUUUCGCAACAUUUACUCGUUGAAUAAACAAAUACAUUUUCACCUAAUCCAAUCCUCCAUUGUAUCAAGUCCUGUGCAAAUAUAAAAUGACCAUUUGGUCUCAUUUAGAAUU